AUUUUUACGUCAUCCAUUCAAUGAAAAAAAUACAAUGGCCAUGAAAAUAUUCUUUGCAAUAGUUGGCGAUGGUUUUCGUCACGUAUCAGGUGAGAAGUAAUGAGAGGUAUCGUGUCUUGUAGACAAACCAUUUUGUUCAUUUCAUUCAAUUAAAAACAUCUACAUGUAAAUUAUAAAUAUAAAUAUUUGGAAAAUAGUAAGGAUUCUUCUGAAUCAAUUUUAAAAUGAAUAAAGUAUUAUAUUUACUAUUUUUUAUAAUAAUCUCAGUUAUUUCUCAACGCCAAAAUAAAUGUCCACACAUUGAUGAAACAGGCAAUUGUACAAUUAUAGAUAGUUGUCCUAUACUAAAAAAUCUGUUAGAAAAAAGUAGUAAUAGUCAAACUGUUCUUGCUUAUCUACAAAACUCUGUUUGUGGUUACGAAGGAAAAAAUAUAAAAGUAUGCUGUCCUACAAAACUUACAUCUCCAAAUGACACACUUCCUCAAUUCGGGGUUUGUAAUGAAAAAAAUACUAAUUUAAUAACUAGUUCGUAUAGAAAUUCAGAAUUUUUAUCAAAUUAUGCUUCAACAACUUCUAAAACAGCAAUAACGAACAAAUGUGCUUGCGUCCUUCCUCAGUGCUGUCCAUCUAUUCGUGAAUUAUUAAAGAAACGCCAAGGAUUAUAUUUAUUAAAAAACUUAAUGGAAAGCUUAGUAUGUGGGCGCGAAGGAAGGUAUCCUAAAGUUGUUUGUCCAUUGAAUAAUAAUAUCACAGUAUUUGGGAAUGGCGUUAAUAAUGGUUAUCUGAGUUCGGAUAACGAAAAUUAUAUUAUGAGAGCUAUGUACAAUUGCAUCGAAAAUAAAAAUUCAGUUGAAAAUAAAAUUGAAUUAGGUACAAGUCAACCAAUAAACACAUCCACUCAAAAAAUCAACAAGAUUUCCACAGUCAAUAGUAUAACUUCGAUUGAAGAACAACAAUUGGGUUUGGAAAAAAAUUGUGGACGAACAAUUACUGUUCGUGAUCGCCUUGUUGGAGGGGAAAUUCCAAACCUAGAUGAUUGGCCGUGGAUAGUCGCAUUAGGUUAUACAAAUGCAUCAAAAACAAAUAAUUAUAAUCGAUGGUUAUGCACAGGUUCUUUAAUUACUGAUAAUUUUGUAGUAACAGCCGCACAUUGUACACUUGGAACUAAUAUUGGAAAAUUAAAUACAGUGCGUAUCAGUGAUUUGAAUCUUGAUCCUAAAAUUAAUGAUGGAGCUUCACCACAAGAUAUACUUAUUGCUAAAAUAAUUGUACAUGAACAAUAUAAUGUUGAAAGAUACACAAAUGACAUUGCACUUUUAAAAUUAAAAAAAUCUGUAACAUUUAAUGACCAUAUAAAGCCUAUUUGUUUACCAACUUUAUCUAAUAUAAUAUCCAAAACAUUUGUCAAGUAUUUUCCAACAAUUGCUGGCUGGGAUUCAAGACCUUCUCGUCCUGUAUCAAACACAGCUUUGAUGGAAAUAUAUAAUCCAGUAAUUGAUAAUGAAGUUUGUAAAAACUCAUUUAUAAAAGAACAAAUUUACAUUGACAAUAGAGUACUUUGUGCUGGGUUCUUAGCUGGAGGACAAAAUUCUUGCUUGUGUGGUUCUGGUAGUCCAAUGAUGUAUCCUCACAAAGGACAGUGGUAUUUAAUUGGAAUUGUUUCAUAUGGAUUAAAGUGUGAAGAACCAGGACGGCCAACUGUAUAUACGAAAAUAUCACAAUUCAUUGACUGGAUUAAUUAUAGCAUAAUCAAUAACUAAUUGAUUAUUAUAUCAAUCGUCAAUAGACACAAUCUAAGUGUAAUUGACACUACUAAGAAAGACUUGCAAUGUUGUUUUUUAAUUAAAAUAACGAAGCACUGGUAUAUUUUCCACAUAAAAAUAUGUGUUUGAUAUUAAACUGUGAUAAUAAUGUUGAUUAUUAUUUUUUUUUCUAUAAAUUUAAUUAUAAUUUGAAAUUUUUAAGAAAAAUUAUAUCUUAUAAAAUUGACAAUUCUUUAAUUUCAAAUUUUUACGGCAUUUAGUUUUAACACAAUUAUUUUUAAA